AUACAAUCGAGUUUACCAAACAGAAUUAAGGCACACCUCAGACACUCAAAAUUUCUCUAAAAUUUUUUUUCUCUCCUUUCAAUCUCUAUUAAAAUAGUUUUCAGUCAUCAGGAGUGAUUGGUGCCAGAUAAUAGGAUAUUUUCAUCAAGUUUAUUUAAAUUGUUCGAUUGAACAGUCUCAUGUUACUUCAAUAAAAAAAAAUUGGGUGUAACGAUGGCAGAAAGUCAGACUGACAAGAUUCUGGAUAUAUAUAAGACUCUUUCGCAAAAUCCAACAAUAAUUAAAGCCAGAAUCACGUCAAUUGCAAGAAAUGGAAUUACUAUUCAGAGUCACUGGGCUCAGAAGAACUUGGAAAGACGCUCAAAACAAAAAUUUAUACAGGAUUUUAGUCUUGAUGCGGAAUUAAAUCCCCUGGUCGAAAGUUUUCCUGUUGAUAUCUCCACUGAAAUUCUGAGUACUUGCUCGGAAGAUGAACAAUAUAAAGCAAUUUUAAGACAGGUUACAGUGGACAACACUUCUAAACAAUUUAUCGAAAUUUGGGACAGACAACAUUUGGUGAAAAAUUAUGACCUAUCCGUAUAUGAUGCACAUGGAGAAAUAUACACUGAUGCUGAGUUCAGUUCAUUUCAAUUUUCUCCUGAUAAGUCGAAAUUACUCUACAUUGCUGAGCGAAAAUUGCCAAAAUGCGAACCUUUCUACAAACAAAAAACCCGUGAAAAGAUAGAAAAAGAAAUUUAUGAUAUGGAAGUAAUAUUAAAGGGAAAUGAAUAUGUUUACAAACCGCACUGGGGUGAACAGUUAGUUGGCAAACACAAAUCAGUGGUUGUAGUUCUUGACAUAGCCGAGGAUACAAUAAAAAUUAAUCAAUUUAUUCCUGAAGAUUAUUUCAUUGGACAAGUGACUUGGACUCCAAAUGGCGAAUAUUUAGUUGGUGUAGCUUGGAAAUGCGAAGCAAGAUAUUUGGGACUAUAUGCCUGUACAAACAGAGCAAGUUGGGUUUUUCUUUUGAAAACAUCAGAAUUCCGAAAAAUAUCAACCGAUAAUUGUGCUGCACGUUCUCCACGAUUCAGUCCGGAUGGAAAAACCCUUGUAUGGUUGGAGCGAGAUUUGGGAAGUACACAUCAUUCGUGUCACAGAUUAAUGCGCGUGAAGUGGGAGACAGAUGAAAAAACAGAUGCACUUAUCGAUGUUGUUCCUGAUUGCCUAACGAUCGCCCAUGAGAAAAAAUUCUAUGGAAUAUAUACUAAGAGUUUACCUCGUCGUUGCUUUAGUAACGAUUCUCUGUAUGUUUUCUUGAGUUCUCCUCAAAGAUACAGCAUAAAAUCUUAUAUGGUUAAUCUUGAAACGAAAAAUAUUAUUGAGAUUCAAAAUGACGACAGCAGUUUAUUUAUUCUUGACGUAAGAAAAAAUAGAAUUGUUUUGAUGAGAACAUCUCUCGUUGAACCACCCCGGUUAGUUGUGGGAAGAUUCGAUCCUGCAGUUGAGGCUGCCGAACUUCCAAAUUUACAUUUGCUUGAAAUUACAAAACCUCUAGUGAUGCCAGAGGGAAUGGAAAAUCUUAUUAUUGAAAAUACAGAUUAUGAGUAUAAUUCUAAGGAAGCAGUCAAGGAAUUUAAUUACACAUAUUUUGGGAAAAAAUGUACUGAAGAUAAAACAAUGCCAUGGAUUCUUAUGCUUCAUGGUGGACCGCACGCUUCCUACAGCAAUCAAUUCUCUAUUGAGGCUUGCAUUUUAGCCAUUUUGGGUUUUGGCAUUGUCCGAGUGAAUUACAGAGGAUCCACAGGAAUGGGUAAAAAUACCGUUGAGUACUUACAAGGUAGAAUUGGUGAAGUAGAUAUUUUGGAUUGCGUCACUGCCACUCACGAUGCUUUGAAAAAGUACCCAUGGCUUGAUCCAAAUUAUAUUGGACUAAGUGGAGGUUCUUAUGGAGGAUUUAUUGUUGCUCAUCUUUGCUCUCAAUAUCCAGAUCUGUAUAGAGCAGUUGUUUCAAGAAAUCCCGUGAUUGAUAUCGCAGCUAUGUAUACUAUAUCUGAUAUCCCCGAUUGGUGUGCAGCUGAAACUGGAACACCUUUCCUCGAAAGAUUACCACCAACAACAAUGGAGACAAAAUAUUCAGAAGUGUACAUGAAGAUGUUCAAUCAUUCACCAAUCAUUCAUGCUGACAAAGUCAAGGCUCCCACUUUACUUCUCCUAGGCACCAACGACUUACGAGUGCCAUACUUUCAAGGGAAACUUUGGUAUAAUCGGUUAAUAGCGAACAACACAAAGGCAAAGAUGCUCAUUUACAAGGACAACCACACUUUAGCAAGCGAUCCAGUAGAAAUGGAUAGUGUGAUAAACGGUGCUCUCUGGUUCAUAGAGAAUAAUUCUACGUUUAAUCAAUCAGACGAGGAAAUUACCGUCAUUGUCACAGCUCCUGAGGAGGAGGUCAAAGAGGAAAUUGUUGAAGAGAAGCCAGUGGAAAAGGUCGAGGAAAAGGUCGAAAAAAAAGAAGAAGAGAAGGAGGCGAAACCUAAAAAACCAAUUCAGAAGAAAAAGUAGAUAUUUCGUGUUUCAUAUACCAAACGAAUUAAAAAAAACAUCUAAGAUUCCUCAAAUCACAAAAUAUGUUUUGACGAAUAAUAAAAUAAAAAUGUUAAUUCAAAAACUAAUAAAUUUUAAUAUUGUGAAACAACACUGAUGUUUAUUUAUUUUUUUUUGUAUAAAACAAUUUACAUUGAUGGACAAUAGUAAUAAUGUGUUUAAAAUUAUUGUACGUUUGUAUUAUGGAAAAUAUUUCUCAAAUUCCAACCUUAAGAAUUAGUUUUUAUAUAAAAUACUCGUGUAAAAAUAUGUUUUUUUGGUACGUAGAAAAUUACAAAAGUCCAAAUAAUUUUUUGGUUAUUCCAUCCAAUUCAUUGAGUCGAAUUUUUUUAUUCUUAUCACGAAUAAAGAUCUUGAAUUGCACAUUUCUUUUUGCGCAGUACUCUAAAAACUACUUUGUUCUGCCCUUUUUAUUUUUUUUUCUUUAUAAAAUGUAAUAUAAGUUACAUCACAAUGUUUGAUACGAAAAGGCUGCUGCUGCUUUGAAUAAAAUAACUAUAUGUACAAAAAUACUC